CGUCAACCCCUUGUCCGUUCACAUGGGCACGACUUGUCUUUCCUCGUUUCCUUGAACGCCCGAAUUCGUGUCAUGCAGGAUCUAGAGAGUCGAUUUUCAAGCCACAAUGCCUCUGGCGAACGCGAGCCUCAGGAUAUGUUGCGCGGCUGUCCAAUCUCGAGCUGCUUUGUGGUUACUUGUUCAUGCGUCUGGCAUGAUUGAUUCGUACCUGCUGCUGUUGCUCUCGUGCGAGCUCCUGCAACUUGCCCCUCCUUCACACUCGUAUUCUAAGCCACCGUGUAGGUGAGAAUCUGCUGAUGCGACAAAGGGAAUUCCUCGUUCACCGUCAAGCGACCAUGCCUGUCGACUUGCAGAUGGAGGUCUCAGCUGGCCCAUCAGCCAGGUCUAGCUGCGCCGCCUUGGACGCUGACAGAACAACUCUCCAAUAUCCAUGAUAAAAGGCGGUCGCCAUCGCGCAAGAGUUCCCUGGUUCGUCAUGUGCAUCGCGGCAGAAUGGGUGGGCACCGAAUUCAUCGGCAAGCCACGUACAAAGACUACGUGAAACGGCUUGUUGAAGGUGGCUAUUCCAAUCUGGCGCCCUUGUACAGCUUCCUAGAUUCUCCUCAACAUCAUCUCAAUACCGUGUUUGUUCAGUAUGUCGACAUAAGAAGAGACGAGCUACCAAACGAAGCAGUUCCCAUUUCUCGACACAAGGUCGGCGAGAAAAUCCAUGAAGACAUCCCGGACAAGACUCUGGCACGUGUCUUCAUCGUGGAAGAUCUUGAUACAGACAUCAUCGAAACAUUUGGACUUCAACUCGCCAUCGAGCCGAAGUUUUUCGCAAACCACAUCAGCGACGCAUUUCUUGACCCUGGAACCACCACAGGGCGAUGUCCUCAUCUUCCCUCUGUGUCACAUAUCAAGUCAUUCUAUUGCAUCGAAUAUUUUCAUCCUAUCAACCUCGACAAGCGCACCAAUGACCGACUUUGCUGCUCUUCGAAUGUACGCCGCAUCAUUGACACAUUCCACUAUGUCGUCCGUCGUGCAGAUCUUCGCGACACAGCCCUAGACCACGUGGCAUUUGUGCGGCGGAAAUUUUCGUUCUAUGUACAACGCGAAAGAGAACAAUGGAGAGUCCUGGUACUUACUGAUCCAUCAGUCUUGGAUUGCUGUCGAACUCACUCCCGACACGGACGAAUGACGGCACAACAUCGUCACCAAUUUGAAAAGCACACCUCGGAUCUGGACCCAUACAAUGAGUUCCACGGGGUCUGGCCCUCGUAUUCAGACGUGGCAACAUUCCACAGACUCGAUCCUCAAGCGAACAUGGGAUUUCGCACCCCAAGAGGCCCGAAAGAGGAGUUUACCGUCUGGGAUUUCCAAGGCGGCUAUGUCGAAGUUUUACAGCCUCGACGAACGAACGAGCCAUUUCCUCGGGUCGGGGACUUUGGGCCUCGCUGGCUAGAAUGCCUCGAAAGAGAGGGUUGUGCUCGUCGAAAUAGCAAGUUGUCUCCCGCUGAAGACCUGAUCUACUAUUGGACCAAGGCUGCGAGAGAGAACAGCGUCGAUCAACCAAACCCCGCUAGGCCUGCGGCGGCCGGCAUCCCGAGUCGCGAAAACGACGUUAGCAAGACGCGCCGGUUUCUGUUCGAUAUCUCUCGCCAUGCUUUGUUUAUCGCCGCGAGCGAAUGCAUGCUGAUCAUCCAGGCACUGGACGCGUCGGCAGACGCACGGCUGUGGGAUCUCAGAAACCUUGAUCUCGCCGAAUCGCCGUUUAAAGGCAAAACGGCCAGGUCAUUGGAGCACUACAUGGACGAUGCACUCAAGCUGAAACACAUCCUCAAGGGGCAAUACAAACAGAUCCUACACGUCCAGGAUUUCAUACGGUCUGUCGACAUGACCGAGCCUGCCAAUGAAGUGCUGACUCGGGUGCUUCCUGGCCCCUUCGGACCACCAGAGCGGAAGCAUUCAGGGAAGGGCUCUCGCAACGAGGUCGUUUCGGCUGACUACGGUCUCGGCGAAGAUUUCAAGCACAUUGUGAAAAUGAUCGAGAAUCACGUCAAAAUUAGCCAGGAGACGGUCGAAGACAUACCCAGCCUCAUGGGGGUCAGGGACAGCCAUUACUCGGGGAGCCUGGCUCAACUGGGUUUCAUAUUCCUCCCAAUCACAGUCGUUACAGGCAUCGUGAGCAUUCAAAACAAGUACGGAAUAGGCGGCUCGUCGUUCUGGAUCUUUUGGGUUGUGUCGCUGGCUGCCAUGGUUGGCGCGGUAUUAUUCACCUUUCUGCCCAUCAACAAACUGGAUCGGUUCAUCGACACUAUGUUCAUGCAUUACAGGCUCGGGUAUCGCAGGACGAUGCAUGUAUUACAGGAGCGACGCGAGAGGCGUGCUGAUGAGGAGGUGUGAAAUCUAGUCUGAAUCGAGCUGGCAGGGCCCAAUAAGACGCUUGGGAUCCGAAGUGGGAGCAUGGUCUCAUGGGCAGGUUCUGUGCUUCCAGCUUUCCGGUAUAGCGCCACGACUGAUGUGAUCUGCAAGAAAGGCAGGACCACAAGAAGCGCAGUCGUGAGAGGUGUUUGUGGCCUGGAGCAGAGCAUCAACCCGAAGUGUCAGCAGGUACUUGCAAGUAGAGACCCUCUAACAGCAAUUGGUAUGGCGAGAUACGGGUGCUGAGAACAAGAGACUCAGCAUCGAGCAUGUGAGACGAAAACCGAGAACAACUGCCUUGAUCCCCGCGAUAACGCGAUAACGACGGGUUGAGUGAUCAUGUUUGGCUUAGGAAGCAAAGC